AUGAGUGCAUUGCAAUUACUUGGUAUCGUAAGACGAACUGCAACGUCAUUACUCCAUGUCCAACCAACUAGUAUUCUUGGUGCACGUUUAGUUAGCAAUCAAACAUCAAAAGGCAAAGGAUCUGAUGCAGAUAGCAUCAACCGUACACAGAAAUCAAAUAUGUCCGGUAGUCUCGGAAGUCAAAGUGAUUCAUCAUCCGCUGCUUCCGGACGCAGUGGUCAAGGCUCUCCAUCAUCUACUGAUAAUAGAGAUAACAGCACAACUCAAAGUGGAUCAUCUGCAGGAGAUAUGACAGGGGGAAGUGGUGUUGGUGGAUCCCAAUCUGGAAUGGGAGGUUCAUCAUUAGGUAGUAAAGGCAAUCAAGGGUCGUCAUCGUCUCGUACGGAUGGACAAACUGGAUCGUCAACUGAAAGUUCUAGUAGUAUGGAUCAAAGCGGUACAACAUCAGGUAGAUCAUCGGGCGGUGGCAGUCAAGCAGGUGGUAGCGGAUUAGGCGACAUGUCCGGAGGUAGUGGUCAAGGAUCAUCAUCUAGUGGACAAAACAGUGCUUCGGUUGGUGGCACCGGUUCAUCAUCCAGUGGUAGCAGUUCCGGAAUGAGUGAAGGGCAAACUAGCUCAACACCACGUCAAUCCGGACAACCUCGUCAGGGUGGUACUACACAAAGUAGUUCAUCGUCAUCAUCUGGUGGUUAUGGGGGUAGCUCAAAGAGCCCAAAAUAA